AUGGAUAAUUGGAAUAAUAUUUUAAAAAGAAAUAAAAAAUAUAUCAAAGCUAAGAAUAAAAUAAAUACCCAAGUUGAAAAUAACAUAUUACAACAACUCGGAUUAACGAAAAAUCUACAAACUCUAUUUCAACCCAUAUUAAAAUCUCAAGAGGAUAUUAAAAAGAAAUUAGAACCCACACCUAAACAAAUUCAACAACCACCGUUUCCUUCUCCUCAUCAAAUAGAAUAUCCCAUUAAAGAUGAUGAAAUCAUAAUUAGGACAUUAGAUGAUAUAAAUAAUUAUUUUUCAAACCCUGACCCAGUUUUACCAAAGAGCAUUUCACCAAUCGUUGAUAAUCAAGGUUUAUUGUUUAAUGGAUAUAGAAUAAAAUUUAAUGAAAAUUUACCGCAAUUCAAAAUCGAUACAAAAGACUUUACAUUUACAUCAACAAAAGGAUUAAUAGAUUUAAUGAAUGGCGGGUAUAUUGACAUUGCCGAUUACAAGGAUUUACUAGUAUACUCAACAUUUCUUCAUGCAAUAAGAAAGACGGGACCCAAAACAAGAAGAUUGGAAGCAGUUGAAACAUAUUUAAAUAAAGUUAUCAUAGAUAAAAAUGAUUAUAAAAGCGUGAUUAAAAAUGUCAAAAAAAGAACAACUAUUCGUCAUCACCUCAAAUAA